ACGACAACAUUAACAACAACAAACUCUCCUCAACAAAGCACUAGUUUGAAUUAAAAACUGUAAGCUCUCUUUCUUUCUUCUGCUUAUGUAACUCUCCCUAUUCGCUUCCCUCCUCGACCCCCCUCUCUCUCUCAUCCCGCUCUCUUGAUUUCAAAUUUCAAGAUCUACGACUUGGGUUUUGUUUCGAAGUCCCAGAAGGGUCCACGAAGGGCAAAGCUCGUGACUUUCGGACAUUCUUCACAAACGGUAAAUAUACUUCGCAAUCAAUAGCUUUGGAAGACCACUAACUGCAUAUGGUGCAAACUUUCAUCUAAAUGCUCUGCUCUGUUAGUUGUAUCUAAACAGUAAUAGUUAUCCUUUCGUCUGAGAAUUCCUCGAGGGGAUUAAGUCUCAGGAAAUAAAAGAUCUGCAGUAGGUUCUAUCUCAUUUUCUAGGAUGUAUACAGACAUGGAGGCCCAAAUUCAUCACCUUGAGCAAGAAGCGUACUGUGCGGUCCUACGGGCAUUUAAAGCGCAGUCAAAUGCGAUUACUUGGGAGAAGGAAGGUUUGAUUACUGAACUUAGGAAAGAACUAAGAGUAUCAGAUGAUGAACACAGAGAGCUUCUGACCAGGGUUAAUUCUGAGGACAUCAUCGAUAAGAUAAGAGUGUGGAGAGACAAAGGUGGUCAUCAAGCUGCCAGGCUUACUUCAUCUCAGAAUGCAUAUGAACUUUUACCUAGUCCUACUAUUUCAGCGUCCCGAAAGAAACAAAAAACAUCACAAUCGCAUGGUCAGCCAUUCCCUGGUUUAUCCUCAAUGAAGUCCAUGAAAUACCCUUCAACAGGACCUGCUGGAAGUAGACAAUUCACCCGCAGUUCUUCUGGUCCCUUUGUCGAAGCGGCUGUUGCAGAAGCAUCUGAUUCAUUAGUUGGAAGGAAAGUGUGGACAAGGUGGCCUGAAGACAACAGCUUCUAUGAAGCCGUUAUCACUUACUACAACCCGGCUGAGGGUCGACAUGCUUUGGUCUAUGACAUACAUACACCAAAUGAGACAUGGGAAUGGGUUGAUCUCAAAGAGAUCUCUCCUGAGGAUAUCUGUUGGGAAGAUCCUGGCCCAUCAGGACGCAGGGCUAAGAAAUCUACUAGCCAGACCACAAGAAGGCGAGGACCCACAAAGUCUCAAUCAAAGAAAGAACUUCCAUCACAAAAUGGUAUAGGGAAGGUGCCAGAUGAUUUGGAAUUAUUAAAUACUGAUACCCUGGUAAAGGAGGUGGAGAGAGUUUUCAAUGCAAGUGAGCCAGAUCCUUUUGAGCUUGAAAAAGCAAGGAAAAUGCUGAAAGAUCACGAACAGGCCCUGGUUGACGCCAUUCAAAGGCUGGCAUAUGCAUCGGAUGGUGAAAGUGCAGAUGGAGAGCACACAUUUCUGCACAGUCGGUCAAUGGAUGGAUAGCAACGGGAACAAGUAGCGUUGUUGAAAGCGUCACGGUACUGACUUUGAGUCCACAAUGGCAUGAUCUUUGGCUGGUCGGCUUUGAAGGCAGCAGGAACACAUGCGGUGAUGAUGUCGACUGCAUAGGCUUUCUGUUUGAUCGAAUUUUAGGAUUUUUCAUGCGUAACUUUAGGCACAUCCACAUGUAAAAAGAUCUCGAUUUAGUGUUCCAGAUACGGUUUGAGAAGACUCUUUGUUUCAGCAGUUAAUAGUCUGAACCUGAUAGAUUGUUGCUCAAAUGUAAAGUUGCAUAUAGCAGAUGACAUCUAGAAAUGUACAAUUUUGUUGAUUUCAUCGUCUUAUUUCAUGUUA